AUUGAUGCUGGUUCAUCUUCCCCCAAAACAACCUUUACCACCACCCCUCCUCGCCAUCUCGAGCUGCCCAGCAAACGACAACCGCGCCAUACCCUCCUCCUCAAUUAGAUCAACAUAGCAGGCUUCUCCUCCCUCCUUUCACGAUGGCCCCAAAGAAGAACACUUCUGCUCCUGGCAGCUCUGCAGCCCCGUCCAAGCCGCAGACCCCGCCGUUCUCGCUGCAGUCGUGGCCCGAUGCUGACAAGGUCUGGAACGGGUACUGGAAGAUCACCAACCACCAGACCAGGCUGCUCGACAUCUUCCUGGCUUUCCUGGUGUUGGUUGGAGGUCUGCAGAUGCUGUACUUCCUUGCUGGUGGACGCAAUCCUUACAAUGCCUUCCUCGCUGGCUUCAUUGCCACUGUUGGCCAAUUCGCCCUGACCGUUUCCCUCCGCAUGCAGACCGUCGAGCAGAACAAGGAGUCAUUUUCCAAGACAACCCCCGAGAGAGCCUUUGCGGAUUUCAUCUUUGGCAGCCUGAUACUGCACUUUUUCUGCAUCAACUACAUCAACUAACUGAGGAGAGAGCGCGCGGAAGUGGGCGUCGAAAAAGGGGAACUAGGGACCGUGUUGGAAUCGCAACGGCAUCUUUGCCUGUUCGUCUAAGUCGCAGGAAUUCAUGGGACAUGUACAAUAGGACACGGGGUUUCAGGCAAAAUACAAACAGGACAAGCAUCAUGCUGAUGUCUGCGGAAAAUUGAAUCAUG